CUGGCGCGACUCCGUUGUGACGUCAUUUGGGUGCGACGACCGUUGCAAUCGGCGCUCUGUGGUAUAUCUAAAAAUACUGUUCAGAAAAUACUGUGAGUUGGCUCAAAGAUGUCUUCCGGACCAGAUCUUCCAGCUUCAGGAUGUGGACUCAAGUCAGUCCGGAGAUCUCCUCGUCUGUCCCCUCAGGGAGGCGGGGUCCAAGGAGACAAACAGAGGACAAAAGGAGGCAACCUGAAGGAGGUGAAGAAGAAAGGGAGGAUGGCGAAGAGCCAGGAAGAGCGAGACAAGGAGCUGCAAGUCCAACUACAGCAGCUGGACCUAUCUAGCAGGGCAUCUGCCACUGGGACAGGUUUGGUCUACUCUGAGACCUUCAAGUGUCAUCAGAACCUAUGGGAGACCAGUCAUCCAGAGAGUCCAGACAGAGUAACGUCCAUAAUGGAGGAGCUGGAUAAGCAAGAACUGUUGUCACGUUGUGUUCAAGUGCAGGCCAGAGCAGCCACCGAUGAAGAACUGCUUCUCGUGCACACGAAAGAUUACAUUGAGUUGAUGAAAUCCACUCAGACAAUGUCCGAGACAGAAUUACAUAACCUGUCUGACAAAUAUGAUUCUGUCUAUUUCCAUACAGAGACCUUCCAGGCGUCCAUAUUGGCAGUCGGUUCAGUGCUCCAGCUGGUAGACCAGGUGUUGACGUGUCAUCUCAGGAACGGAUUUGCUGUCGUGAGGCCACCGGGACAUCACGCUCAGGCUGAAGAGUCCAACGGUUUUUGCUUUUUUAACAAUGUGGCCAUUGCUGCUCGUUAUGCACAAAUGAAACACAAAGUCAACAGGGUGUUGAUCGUGGACUGGGAUGUCCAUCAUGGUCAAGGUGUCCAGUAUGUUUUUCAGGACGACCCCAGCGUAGUGUACGUGAGCAUGCACAGGUUUGAACAGGGAGCGUUCUGGCCUCACCUUCCCGAGUCAGACAAUAGUUUUGUGGGCGGGGGUGCCGCCGAGGGACGAAACAUUAACCUGCCCUGGAACACGAUAGGAAUAAGCGAUGCCGACUACGUGUGCGCGUUCCAGCGACUGCUGCUGCCCGUUGCUUACGAGUUUCACCCGGAACUGGUUCUGGUCUGCGCUGGUUUUGAUGCCGCACUCGGGGAUCCGAAGGGUCAGAUGUGCGUGAGUCCUCAGUGUUUCUACACACUCACACACAUGCUGAUGUCUUUGGCAGAAGGCAGACUCGUUCUCGCUUUGGAGGGUGGUUAUAACCUGAAGGCAACGGCAGAGGGCGUGGCUGCUUGUGUUCAAGCUCUUGUGGGAGGAGCCUGUGCCCCAAUGACUCCGCCUAGCGCCCCAUCCGACAGCGCUCUGAAAUCCAUCUCCGAGACCAUCUCAGCUCUUUAUCCAUACUGGAUCUCCUUGCAAGUACUGGAGGGGGCGGGGCUUGCUGAUGGGGAUGUCAUCAGAACAGCGGCCAAAGAAGAGAAACCAGAGAGUCUGUGUUUGCCUGUUGUCAUGGCAACCGGCCUAGUAUACGACGAGAGGAUGAUGGAGCAUCUCAACAUGUGGGACAGGCAUCAUCCUGAACAACCUCAAAGAAUCUUCAAGAUCUUCUCCAAGCAUCAGCAACUCGGACUGGCGGACCGCUGUCAACGCAUCCCAGCACGCUUCGCCACCGAGGAGGAGCUUUCGAUGUGUCACACUGCGGACUACAUCCAGCAUAUGAAGUCCACAUCCACGAUGAAGGCAAGGGAUCUGCAUAAGCUUGGAGAGGAAUACAACUCCAUCUACAUCAACAAUCAGAGCUUCCAGUCGGCCAUGUUGGCUGUUGGAAGCUGCUUCAAUAUUCUGGACCACAUCCUGAAUGGACAGGUGAGGAACGGCGUGGCCAUUGUGCGUCCACCAGGCCAUCACGCAGAAAGAGACUCCGCAUGUGGUUUUUGUUUCUUCAACACAGCAGCGCUCGCCGCUCGCUACGCUCAGAAGAUCUCCCAUCAUGCACCUCUCCGCGUGCUUAUCCUAGACUGGGACGUUCACCACGGCAACGGCACCCAGCACAUGUUUGAGGACGACAGCAGCGUCCUAUAUGUCUCGCUCCAUCGCUACGACAACGGAACGUUUUUCCCGUCCUCGGAGGACGCCGCUCCUGGCAGGGUGGGCGUGGCAGAGGGGGCCGGAUUCAACGUCAAUGUGGGGUGGAGUGGCGGGCGAAUGGGGGACGCCGAGUAUCUUGCCGCCUUUCACCAUAUCGUCAUGCCGAUUGCUUCUGAGUUCAACCCCAGUGUGGUGUUGGUGUCAGCUGGAUUUGACGCUGCACGAGGAGACCCUCUUGGCGGCUACAGUGUGACCCCAGAAGGCUACGCCCACCUCACUCACAUGCUGAUGUCAUUGGCCGGUGGGCGGGUCUUGCUCAUACUCGAGGGCGGUUACAACUUGACGUCCAUCUCCGAAUCCAUGGCCAUGUGUACAAGCGUGUUGCUCGGCGACCCCCCGCCUUCACUGCUGAUACCCCUGCCCCCGCCUCACCGCAGUGCCGUGACAACCAUCAACGAGGUCAUCCGCCACCACGCCCCUUACUGGAAGUCGCUAAGGAUACACAUCCCAGACUCCGUACGAGCAGCCGUACCUUCCCCGAAGUCACAUGAGAAACGGAGUCGCCAAAGCAAAGGCAGGAAGUCAAGACAAAGCGGUCCAGAUAAACUUCCUGUGGGAUCGGAGAACACAAACGCGCAGUGUAGUCUGGACCAGCUCACACAGGGAUUGGCCAGCUUGGACCUCAGUCAGACCUCUUCCACUCCAGUGGGCAGGUCCGACAUCCACUGUGACGAGUAUGCAAAGGCGGAGUCAUGUCCGGUGUCUCCUGAGCGGAGUCAAACAUCAGAGAGCUUGCCGCCUCAGGUCGAUGCUGCAGCGUCAACAACGGUUGCCGUGGGAGACGAGCCAGAGGGAGCGUGUGGUUGGUCCAAGCCUCAGGGGACUCUGGAGCUGAUUUGCGGAGCUGAGAUGGGCGGAGCCGCCAUGUACGUGGUAGACCCUCUGUCCUGGUGUCCUCACCUGGGUGAGGUCAAGCCCCUCCCACCCUCAGGUAUCGAUGUCUUCCUGCCUUGUCAGGACUGUGGCUCGGAGGCCGAGAACUGGAUCUGUCUCACCUGCUACCAGGUGGCAUGUGGCCGCUACGUGAACGAGCACAUGUUGAUGCACGGUGUGACAUCACAACAUCCUGUGGUGCUGAGCUUUUGUGACCUCUCCGUGUGGUGUUACGUGUGCGAGGCCUACGUGCACAAUCAGGUCGUAUUUGAUGCCAAGAAUGCAGCCCACAGCGCCAAGUUCGGAGAGGAGAUCCCACCCUGGAGUUAGAAGAGAGAGAAGGCGGGGCUUAGAUUUUAACAUGAAGGCAUCAUCAUGUGUGUUUAUGAGUGUUACCACUUUUAAACUCACCAUGUUUAUAAUACAUUUUUUUUAAAUCAUUAUUGUGAUUUAUGUUAGCCAUACGUUGAGGAGGCCUGUUCAUUGUGCAAUAAUGCUUAUGUAUAAACAUUAAAACAUUAUUAUUAUCUUCUUAGCUAUAUUUGUUUUUGACCACACAAUGAGUGGCUCAGCAGCGGUCA